AUGCCUCCCAAAGCUGCCCCUCGAGGAAGCGCCCGUGGAGGGGCCGCCAGCCGUGGUGCCCGAAUGGACACAGCUACUCCGGCUCCCGCUGGCGGGGGCACUGCGCAAAAUUCUCCCACGGCAACCGGCGCGCCCGGUCCUACAAGUCGAGCUUCAGUGCAACGGCUUCAAUCACUGAACAAACGCACACCUUCUGGGAGCAUUGCACCUAGCAGUCGACCACAGUCAGCGCUUGGUGGCGAACCGCCCAAGCCAGUCAUGAAACACAAACCGAAGGCCGUUGGGCGUCGCAGUAAGCAGGAACGAGAGGAAAUAGAGCGACUGGAGCAAGAACGAUACAAUGAGCGUCUAAAGGAGGCUGCUGCUAUUCAGCGCGGUCGUGGUGGUACUGCUCGUCGUGCUGGGUUCCGUGGUCGUGGUGGACCCAUGGCUAUGGGCAUGAGUGGGUUUGGUGGACGAGGCGGCAGGCGAGGCCGUGGAGGUGGAAGUGGAGGCGGUGGAUAUGGAGGAGGCCCAGGUGGCGCAGGUUCAGGAUACAAUCGGUCUGUUCUCACUGGGGGCAACCGUGGGCGCGCAUAUGACUCUUCAGACGACGAAGAGAGUGCACUCCGCGUCAGCAUCGAUCAUAUCAACCUCGAUAGCGACGAGGAGGAUUGGGAUACACCGAAGGAUUUCAAGGGAAAACAACCCAGCAGGUCGACCGGCGGACUUCGUCCCGUCCGUGUCGAGCGACAUGAACACGAGGAAAGAGUCAUCAGCGUCAACAUGGAAUCCAGCACGACCAGAACCGCCGAUCUCCGCAAAAAAGCAGAGAAGGAGAAAGCUGCGAAGGAUGUCGGCCGUACCCCUACCAAGGUCAAGCCGGAACCCCAGGACGACGACACAGCUAUGCCAGAUGUUAUUCCACAUGCGGAUGACGAUGACUUCCUUCCGGAGCAUAACGUCCGUGUGCGCUCGGCUCAGAGUAUGAGCCCAACAAAGAGGAGCACCACAGAGCUACGAUCGACUCGACCUACACCUGAACCCGAACUUCCAGACCCACGCAGCCUACUUCACACUAAAGAGGAAAUCGAUGAAUAUGACAGACACAUGGAAGAUUUGGCCAUCAUCAGGGAUCUUCUCGUCCCUAAGGAGCCAAAGAAGGCAACCACAGAAACAGAAGUCACCGAGGGAGCCGUCGAAGGUGCAAUCGCCGCAACCGAAGGACAGGACGGCGAUGGAUCAAAUGAAAAGAAAGAGGAAGAGGAAGAAGAAAAUCCUCUACAUGGCCAAAUGUUCCUCAUGCAAUUCCCACCCAUGACGCCGUGCCUCAGACUCGCUGGUUCCGCCGAAAACCAACCUGCAGCCGCAGCCGCAGCUCCCCAGAACGAGAUCAAGCGCGAAGCAGGCGAGGAAGUGGAGAUCGUGGAGAACACUAAACCAACCGAACCACAAGAAAACAGCGUCUUUACGGCCGGCCAGCCUUGGUCCCUACCCACAGGCCGUGUCGGGAAACUGAACGUACAUCAGUCAGGCCGUGUGACCUUAGACUGGGGUGGAAUCAGUAUGGAGUUGGAUCGUGGAGCACCGGUUGGUUUCGUCCAGGAAGCAGUUAUCUUGUCGAAGGCGCCACCAGAGUCAGAGGAAGACACAGCGAAACAUGUUUGGUCUAUGGGCCAAUUGUCUGGCAAAUUCACAGUCACACCGAACUGGGAUGAGAUGCUUUGA